ACGCAGCCACAUGGACAUGCACAGGCUGAUCUACGAGGUGAAGCAGCGACCGGCUCUCUGGGACUCGGCGCAUCCGGACCACGCCAACCGCUCAGAGGCGCAGCGCCUCUGGAACUCAGUGGCAGAGAACGUGGGUCUAGGGGUGGAAGUGUGUCGCGGCAAGUGGAAAAAUCUGCGUUGCAGUUAUCGUCGCCAAAGCCGAAGUCGAAGUACACUCUCGCCCUCGGGUCACCAGUGGACAUAUGCGGAGGCUAUGAGUUUUCUGGACGGUCAGGGUUCAUUUUUAAAGGAAAAGGAGGAGAGAGACAGCAGCAACAACGAGGAGGAGGAGGGGAUAUAUGGAGGAGCACUGAAGAACGAACCCGAGCGUCUGAUUUCCCACUUUAAGGCAGAGCCAACUGCGAUUGCCGACCAAAUGGAGGCGGAUAAUGAUGCCCUGAUGCGGGAAUUUCAAAGUGUGUCUACGCCGCAGGCCUUGAGAAGGCUCUCCGAGAAUAUUUCCCUGGCCUCUGCGGCGGCCGAGGAGCAGCUGCCCCCCAAAGCCGCCAUUUACCCCACCGGAAUAUCCAUAAAUCCGAAUUUAGGCUGUAAAUUAAGCGAGGGAAGUGCCGUGGCAGCCGCGGCGGCCAGCAGUUGUCACUGUGCCAAGCGGGUGGAUGAGCAGGUCAACUUCCUGGAGAACCUGGAACGCGAGGAGCAGCAGCUGAUGCAGUCCACCAGCCAGGAUUUGGCCCGCUGCAAGAGCAUCCUCCAUGUGGGCGACUCCGACUAUAACUACCUGAUUAGCUUUCUGCCGCUGAUGAAGCAAAUGACGCCCAUCCAGAAUGUUUUCUUCAGGGCUAAAAUGGGCGAGCUGCUGCUGCAGACAAUGCAACAGCCGCCAGUGCAACAGUCGCCGAUGCAACAGCAGCAGCAGCCGCCGCAAACGCAACUGCAACAGCAACCGCAGCAGACGCAGCAGCAACUGCAACAGCAGCCCUCGCAAAUGUUGUUGAACCAACAGCAAAUGGCCUUGGAUCAGUCCCAAGUGAGCACCAGCUCCACAAAUUGGAACUGAAUCGAGGGAUUGGGAACUAAACAAAUGAGAUAUAUAUGUGUAUAAACCCUAUAAAUGUACCGGACUGACAAGAAGAGAGCACCACAGUGCGCAUGUCCAGUGCACAGUGGUCGCCAAACCGCUGAGAUUAUUAAGGAAUUUUAUGAUUUUAUCAUUGCCUUUAAAAUUUUAAGUUUAAAUAAAUGUAAUAUACUUUAACGAUUUUAUUAAAACAAACUGUGAGACUUUUUAAUUUCCGGGGCUAACAUAUUAAUUAAGUAAUUGAAAAUAA